UCUUACUCUCACAUGUUGUGGUGUACAUUUAUACCGGUUGCUAAGCACAGUUAUCACGUUGUGUACCAUUAUAGCCAAUAUUUUUGAUGUCAUUAGUGUUUUGAGCAAAAAAUCUGAAGAUGAAAGUUGUCGCGUUAAUAAGUGGGGGCAAAGACAGCUGCUACAACAUGAUGCAGUGUGUUGUUGCUGGGCACCGGAUCGUAGCUUUGGCCAACCUACGUCCUGCUAACACAGAUGAGUUGGACAGCUACAUGUACCAGACAGUUGGCCACCAGGCCAUAGAGCUGUAUUCUGAAGCUAUGGAUCUGCCCCUGUAUAGACGCACCAUUCAGGGCUCUAGCCUCGACACCAGCAGAAACUACAGUGUGACAGAGGGGGAUGAGGUGGAGGACCUAUAUGAGCUGCUUAAACUUGUCAAGGAAAAAGAGGGUGUCGAGGCAGUGUCUGUAGGGGCCAUUCUCUCCGAUUACCAGAGGGUCCGUGUGGAAAAUGUAUGUUUGCGGCUAGGUUUGCAGCCCCUGGCCUACCUGUGGCGCCGAGACCAAGAGUCGCUGCUCUCUGAGAUGAUAUCAUCUGACCUCCAUGCUAUCCUCAUCAAAGUCGCCGCCUUCGGCCUGGAUCCAGAGAAGCACUUAGGAAAACCUCUGGCUGACAUGGAGCCCUAUCUGAAACAGCUGUCCCAGAAUUAUGGAGUUCAUAUUUGUGGAGAAGGAGGUGAAUAUGAAACCUUCACCCUUGAUUGCCCGCUCUUCAAAAAGAAGAUUGUUAUUGAUGCAGCGGAGACAGUGAUCCACUCAGCAGAUGCCUUUGCUCCGGUUGGCUACCUGCGCUUCACCGAGAUCCACACCGAGAACAGAGAUGCCGAUGUGGUGGCGAGCGCUUUGCCCCAUGGUAGUUGUCCUUGCCAGAACGCCAUUGACAACAUGACUGAGGAGGUGGAAUAUGCUGAUCAAGCUCAAGACAACCAGCAAGAAUUUACAUCAAAAUGUGACCUUAGUUGUCAGCGGGGCCACGAUCUCCCUCCAUCCUGCUCAACAAGAAGCUCCAGGGGCUAUCAGUGGAUCUCCGGCAUCAAUGGCCUUCAGAGCAAAGAUCCCGCCAUCCAGGGCCAGACAUCGGCGGCUUUUACACAGCUCCAAAGUGAGUUGGAGAGGAGAGGCUGGAAAAUGAAGGACAUCAUUCUGGUCCACGUGUAUGUGAGGUCCAUGGAAGACUUUGUUCUACUCAACACAGUCUACAAAAAACACUUUGGCAUAAACCCUCCAGCCAGGGUGUGUGUUCAGGCUCCUCUACCUGCUGGUCAGCUGCUGCAGAUUGACUGCCUGCUCCAUGACUGGACCGAGCCCCUGGAGGAAGGCUGCUUCCACCAGAAGGAAGCCCUGCAUGUCCAGAGUCUGUCCCACUGGGCACCAGCCAACAUUGGGCCCUACAGUCAGGCCCUCAGGGUUGAAGAGGCGGUUUUCUGUGCAGGCCAAAUUGCUUUGGUCCCGUGUACCAUGCAGCUGGUAAAAGCUGGCAUCAGGACGCAGGCCCAUUUGUCCUUCAGCCAUGUGAAGAAGGUUCUGGAGGCUGUGAUCAGCGGUCUGACUCUAGCUCAUGUUGUCCAGGCCCAUUGCUACACAACACGACACCAAGAUAUCCCCGUCAUCAGGGCCGUCUGGGAGAGCAUGCCGAGGGCCACAGAGGAAGAGAAGGACUUGCUGUGGGAGCCUGAGACCAAACCUGCGCUGUUAUCGGUCAUCAUGGUACCAGCCUUACCCAAGGGUGCAGCUGUUGAGCUUCAUGUAACUGCAAUUCAGGAUGACCCCACCAAAAGGACUUCCUGCCACGUGACUACAAAGAUGGCGUCCGGAUCCAUAGAGUGCCACACUGUAACGUCUGCUGACACGUGCAGUGCUUCACUCUCACUUUCCCUGGCUGUGCCCGGCGGUAACCUGGAGGUCACUAGUGUGGAGGAUGUAACCGAAGCAGUUGGCGCUACAUUUAAGAAAGCCAUGAAGAAGAUGGAUGCUGAGCUGGUGCCACUGUGUGCCAGGGUGUUCUACAAGAGCAACAACUCCGCAGCACAGCAGAUUGUUAAAGGACUUGAAGAAAGUUUGAGAAGCUCUCUAGGAGAGUCCAGUCCGUCCAUGGCCCUGGUUCCAGUCCUGGACUUGCCUGACUCCCAGAUCCUCCACCUGUCCUGCUGGCUCAGUUUAUAAAAACACAGCCAGAAUCAACAACCAGACUCCAGUCAUCCAUAGGACCGGAAUUCAGUGGGGCUUUUCCAGUCCAAAAACCCAAGACCUAAUGUCUAACAGGACAUCAGUGAAUGUGAAAAAUAAAAACUGCAUAAAUGCUCAUUAUAUGUCUGUCUCUAAAUGGAUUUGAUGAUGUGUGGUUGUGAUGAUGGGUUUAUUAUACUUCAUAUCCCAGAACUUAGGCCAAUAAUUCACUUUGUCGUGCUCUGGACUUGUAUAUUGCAGCAGCUGUCGCUCUGCCUCGGAAACAAGUCUCAUGGAACUUCUAUUAGCUGAAGCUACAUACCAGAAGACUGGAGACCGUAGUCUACAAAAAGAGACACCAGCAGUGUCUCAUUCCACAAGGCGAUAAACUGUAUCCCCUGAUAUCCCCUGAUAUCCCACUGUUUCUGGUGGAAUUUCUCUCACCAAGUUAGCUAACACUCCUCAUAAAGGCCUAGCGCCACCAUUGACACCCUCUGUUCAGUUGUAAACCUAAAGAUUUACUGUGUGACUGGUUUGUGAGAGUGUGUAAUGUGUAUGGAUGAGGUGACUGUGUUUCUCCCUCUCAUGCUUCAUGGGAUUCAAGGUGUGUUAUUAUUGUGUAAUAGGCAAUCAGCGCCAAGCACCUGAAAAGAUUAAGGCUCUUUAUGUUUUCUAUUGAUUCUGAGGCAACCUGGUUAAUAGGAGAGGGACACUGCAAUACAGCUGCAGGGCAGGUGUGUGUGUGUGUGUGUGUGUGUGUGUGUGUGUGUGUGUGUGUGUGUGUGUGUGUGUGUGUGUGUGUGUGUGUGUGUGUAUGCUGUCAAUGGACAUUGUGAAAAUAACACUAUUAACUAUUGCUCCUGGAACAUUUCUUUUCUCAAAGAUCAUGAACCAUAUUGAUGAUCUGAGUUGGAAUGCAUCUUCACUCCGGCUAUUCUCUUCAUCACGCUUGUGAUGGCGGGUGUGUGGAGUUGGCUAUUGAUCUUCACCACCCGCAAUGUUGUUUUGAUUGUUGUUAUCAAAAAUAGAACAAUAGAGGCAGCCAAUAGAGCCUGAAGAUUUUUAUUGAGGGUUGAAAAACACAAACAAGCAAUUAUUUAUGAGAACGAGCAAGCCCCAUAAAUAUACAGUGUGUUAAUGUUCACCCGUUUGGUUUUAAAGGGCCCCACCAGGGGGAGAUUCAGAAUUGUUGACUGAUGCAGCUGUCAAAUAAGCUCAAAGGUACUGGUAUUUUUUAAUAAAGUACUUUUAUUAUGUACUUGUACAUUUCAGUCAAGUAAACACCUAUACAUUCAAUCAACACAUAUUUGAUUAUAUUUCAGUGUUUUCAAUAAAUGUAGGUCUAGCCCCAGAUUUGGCAAUGACACAAAUAGCUGACAAAGACAUGAAUCAAAAAACGUUUUUCUCUGUCUAAUUUUGUUGGUAACUUAAAUUUCUAAAUGUGUGUUACAGUCUGAAUGCAGAGCACAGUGUUGCAGAACAAGACUUUGCUGGGCAAACAUGCACGUUCAGCAGUCUUCGCUGAUAAACAAUGGUUUAGAGGGAAGAUUGAGGGGGGGUUUUGUUCAAAUUGAGCAAUGAAUAUGAAGAAAAACCACACACCAGUCAAUGGAAAUGUAUUUCAAUUAGGUGUAGUCACUGGAUUUAACUUACUUAUUAAAAUUACGCAUGUGCCAGUUGUUUCUGUAAUGAGUUUUGAAUGCAUGUGUUUUUUUACUUAGUGGAAAAAUGGCUAAAUGACUUUUAUGUCAGAAAACACAAAAAAUACAACAUUCGGUAAACAGUAAGGAGAAAAUCAGCCACUAAAUCUCAGUGUGCGACAACGUCUUGUCGAUCACAAUGUAAACAUUACACUCUGUCUUUCAGUUUGCGUGUUUUCAUACAGACAGGCAAAGCCACAUACUGUAUUAUGUAUAAUCACAACCUCAACAUAGCUGAUGUGAUGGCCUCUGGCAAACAUUUCUUUGUGUCUUUACCACUGUGUUUUCUCACAAAAUGAAUAAAGACAGGGUGACAUUUA